CUGCUUUUAACUGCCACAAGCUUUUCAAUUUUAUUUUAGGGUUUGUUUCUACUCCUUUCGGUUUUCGAGAAAAUUCAAAUUACUUGUGAAGUAAACAGCAAAAAAUUGAAGAUUUCAGUGGUUAAACGACUAAAUGACGUCGAGACCAGAGCUAAAAGCGCCGCCGGAAGUUUUCUACAAUGAUGAGGAAGCUCGCAAAUACACUUCCUCUUCUCGAAUUAUUGAAAUUCAGGCGCAAUUGUCAGAGAGAGCACUGGAACUGCUGGCUUUGCCGGACGAUGGAGUUCCUAAGUUACUUCUUGAUAUAGGCUGUGGGUCGGGACUGAGUGGUGAGACAUUGACUGAGAGUGGACACCAAUGGAUUGGUUUUGAUAUAUCACUAUCAAUGCUCGAUGUUGCAUUGGAGCGUGAGGCUGAGGGUGAUCUCAUACUGGGUGACAUGGGUCAGGGUUUAGGUGUUCGACCUGGAGUUAUUGAUGGAGCCAUCAGUAUCUCUGCUGUUCAGUGGUUGUGCAAUGCAGACAAAUCCUGUCAUGAGCCUCGGAAAAGAUUGAAGUCCUUCUUUGAGUCAUUGUACAGAUGUCUGGCAAGGGGUGCAAGAGCAGUGUUUCAAGUAUAUCCUGAAAAUCUUGCUCAACGUGAACUGAUCCUAGGUUAUGCCAUGCGAGCUGGAUUUGCUGGUGGUGUAGUUGUUGACUUCCCACACAGCACCAAGAGAAGAAAAGAAUACCUGGUGCUUACUUGUGGUCCGCCAUCCUUGAGCAGUGCAACUCCGAAAGCAAAAGGUGAAGAUGAAGAGAGUUGUUCUGAUGAAGAAAGUAGUGGAGAUGAAGAAAAUCAGACAGUUUCCAUAUCAGAUAGGCAUAGACCGAGGAAGAAGCAAAAAUUAAAUAAGAAAGUGAAGGGAAGAGAAUGGGUGUUGAGGAAGAAAGAACAAAUGAGAAGAAAAGGAAAUGCUGUGCCUCUAGAUACAAAAUACACUGCACGCAAGCGAAAAGCUGGCUUUUGAUCACUUAUCAGGUGGUACUUUAGAGCGCCAUCCUGAGUUUGAGACCCAAAAAAAAAAGGGAAAAAAAUCAAAAAGUCUUUGUUUGUUUUCUUGAAGCAGUGAGAGAUAGUUAUAGAGAUCUGAUGCGGCAUUCUUACCUUUGUUGCAUGGAGCUACCAAUAGAGUUUUAAGGAUUAUGUAAGAAAUAUUUGAGUUUUGAACACUAUAUUUUCUUUAGCUUCUCGCA